AUGCAGUAUCUAAAAAGAUCUAUUACAUACGUUCGUCUUGUUAAAAAUAGUUUCCAUAUGAGAUUUGCAUCAACUUUAAAUAAUGAAACAUUUGAAGAUACUAAUUUGAAGUCAUGGCAAGAAAUUCCUGGCCCACCAUCUUUUCCCCUAAUUGGACAGUUGUUGACUUUCUUACCAGGAGGUAUGCUGUAUAAUAAAAAUGAGGAAUUGCCAGAGAUCUUGUACAAAACUUAUGGUGCUAUAGUUAAAUUGCAAGGCACUUUCGGAUCCUUUCCAAUGAUAUUUCUAUAUGAUCCCGAAACUGCAAUUCAAAUUUUUCGAAAUGAAAACUGGACUCCAAACCGCCCCGGAUUUCAAUCACUGGAAUAUUUUAGAAAGGUUUACAGUAGACGGGGCUCUCCUUCUGAUGCAUCGACUGGUCUGAUAACUGAACAUGGUGAAACAUGGCGAAAAUUUCGAACAGUAGUUAAUCCAGUGAUGCUACAACCGAAAACUAUUAAACUCUAUAGAGAAGCUUUGACAGAAGUAGCAGAAGAUAUGAUAAAAAGAAUGAAAACAAAGCGAAAUGAGAAAAAUAUGAUAGAUGGUAAAUUUGAUAUAGAGAUGAAUUUGUGGGCAUUGGAAUCGAUUGGAAUUGUUGCACUUGGACGCCGGCUUAAUUGUUUCGAUUCUAAUCUUCCCGAAGAAUCUCCUGUUAGAAAAUUGAUACAGUCUGUUAGCGAUGUUCUAAAUAUUGCAGAAAAAUUAGACUUCCGACCGAGCCUUUGGCGUUAUUUUCCAACACGCACAUUUAAAAAAGCUAUGAGAUGUUAUGAUGAGCAUGUUAAGCUUAAUAAAUAUUUCAUAAAUGAAACAAUGGAACAACUAAAACUAAAAGAAAAGAAUAAAAAUGACGAAGAAAAGGGCGUGCUUGAAAAGUUGCUUGAUAUAGAUCCUGAAAUUGCAGUGAUUAUGGCUAGCGACAUGUUACUUGCUGGUGUCGAUACGACUGCAAAUUCUGUCAUAGCAGCUUUAUAUCAAUUAGCGAAAAACCAGGAAAAACAAAAUAAAUUAAGGGAAGAGAUAUUGUCAAAAUCAGAAAAAAGACCAUAUCUCAGAGCUUGUGUUAAGGAAACAAUCAGGUUAAUGCCGGUAGUGGGAGGUAAUUUCAGAAAGACCACCAAGGAAUAUAACGCUCUGGGAUAUAAAAUUCCGAAAGAUAUGUUUUUAAUAGUUGCAAAUCAAUAUAUGUGUUUAAUGGAAGAACAUUUUCCCCGACCUACUGAGUUUAUUCCAGAGAGAUGGAUCGUUGAUAAGAACGAUCCCUUAUAUUAUGGUAAUACGCAUCCAUUUGUAUAUGGACCUUUUGGAUACGGCGUAAGAAGUUGUAUAGGUCGACGAAUAGCCGAAUUGGAAAUAGACACAUUUGUUUCUAAGGUAAUAGAAAACUUCCACGUAGAAUGGUUCGGAGAGCCGCUAAAGACUAAAGCGAAUACACUGAACUAUUUAAUUGGACCGUAUAAUUUUAUUUUUAAAGAUGUU